UUGUCCGUUUAAAAAAUAACGAAUUGCUUUGCUUUCCAUUCGAAUGCUAUUCAACAUCUUUGUUUUGUUUAAUUAAAGUGAAAUAAAAUAUUUAAUAUGGCAAAAAAUUACGUGACUAAUUUUCGUGGUGAACAUUUUAUAACACCAAAUGGGAAAUACAUAAAAGAAGAACCAAUAACCCCGACGGAAAAUGAUUUUGGAACUCACCAUUAUUUAGAGGAUUCAUUUGAACACAUUGGAUCUAUGAGGAAGUCCCUUUCUAUGAACGAUAUUGCCGCACUUCAAGAUAAUCUUGUGAAGUUGGAACUUGAAGAUAAACAAAGUAUUUACGAUAGGUACAAACGCCAGUCUGAAGCGCCUUUGGAAUUAUCCAGAACGAAGUUUGUUUCUAUGGCUGAAGCUAUAUAUCACUAUCAAAGAGAUACACCGGGCAGGUUCCAUUCUACAAAGCCCCAAAUCUUCAGAUCUCAAGGGUCUAUCAGACCGUCAACUUUAACUGUUCCUCAAUCACCAAUGCUACGAUGCAGAGCUCGCUCCCGUCCCCAUCAUAUUUUGUCACAAAAAGAGAAGGAGGAAAUGGAACUGGAAGAAAUAAGGAGAUUCAAAAUUAAAGCUCAUCCAAUACCAAAAUCAGUCAUUGAAGGCACUAAAAAUCUGCCUGAAGUACAGAAAAAACCCUUAACUGUCCCUGAACCAUUCAAAUUAACAGAACAGCACAAAAAGUUGACACAAACUCCAGAUUAUGCACAGAAAUUCAAAGCACGACCCGCUCCAAAGCAUAUACUUGAAAAACCACAGAUUCCGGUAAAGUUACCAGUUCAAACAACUAAACCAGUUAGUCCUAAGUUUCAUUACAAGCGUGUGAAUUCUACAGAUCAAUUGAAACAAGGACUCAAUGAACAUCCUCCAACAACUGUACUAAAAUCUGUUGAUACUCAUGUCCAAAAAAUACAGCGUCAGGGUCCCAUUAAACCUGAACCAUUCUCAUUCGAAAAAAGGGAUGAAGAAUUAAAAAGACGCAGAGAGGAGAAGAUCAAGCGUCAAAUAGAAGAAGAAAAAAAGCAAGCUUCACUUUUCAAAGCUCAACCUUUACCUGGAGCUGUUAGGAGACAUAUGCAUAGUGCUACACAAAAAACAACCUCGUCUACAACAUCAUCAGAAAACAAAGAGAAUCAUUGUAAGUUUGAAGCCAAACCUCCAACUGUACUUUACAAGGAACCAUUCAAACCAGUACUGCAACCUUUGCAAUUAUUCAAACCAGUACCAUUUAUAUUAACAACUGAAAAACGAGCAGCCGAAAGAGAAAAAUUCGAACAACAAUUAAAGGAAAAAGAAGAAGAACAAGAGAGACUUAGACUUCAAAAAGAAAAGGAACAGCAAGAGAUUGAGGAAAGAUCUAAAGCUGAAUUGAGAGCAAAAUUAAUACAUCAUGCUAAACCAGCACCUGAACCUACACAAUUUAUUCCUGUGAAGUCAGUGGCACCACUUACAGUGCCUGAGACACCUAAGUUUGUUAGAAGAUUAAAGCAUAAUCAGUAAUUAAAUUAGACAUUAUAUGUAAUGUAAUGUAAUUCAGGACUGAUAAACUUGAUAUUAUUAAGAAACCUUUAAAUAUUUGAUCCAAUUGAUUUGUAUUUUAUUAAUACAACAAUAAUGUAGUUGUAAACAUUUUGUACUAUAGUUUAUAUGGAUGACAUUUUGUUUAUGUGGAACAAAUAUUAGGACAUGCUUAAGUUUCUAAUCAUGACUCACAAUUGGUAACAGUAAUUUUAUGUUUAUGAAAUUUCAUUGUGGUGUUUUGAUAAUAAUAAAAUAUAU